GGACUUCAGUUUUUUCACAUCAAAGCAAAAAAUAUAUAUAAAAAUAAAUAAAGAAGAGGCAAUAUGGGGCCAAGGAAUUUCAAUUUCGUACUUCUUAUCUCCAUCUCCUGUCUCUUCUUCUCCUCCGUCAAUGCCAAAGCGGCUACUAGUCCCACAGCCGUGCCAAAUUCCAGCCCCACCCCAUCACCAUCGCAAGGAGCCGGCUACGACUCCUCGCGAUACUUCAUUUCUUCAGAACAAGGACAAAAUAUCAACGACAUGAAUGCAAAUCCCACGGUAAAAAGCCUCUGUUCAGAGAAGGACCAUCCAAGAGUAUGUGUUGACACUCUCAUGCCAUACAUUGAAGAAGGUGAUUCCAAAUCCAAGCCUGCGGCAAUCCUCCAACUGGCAGUGAAGCUCACAUACGACCAGGCCAGGGAAGGCCAGGCUCUUGCGGAGAAGCUCCUCGCGGAUCCCUCAGUACACACUUCGCCGAAGCUCACAGCCUGCCUCCUAACUUGUGUUAAGAGUUACAAGGCUAUCCUCAUAAGCAACCGGGUUACACUCGACGCCGUCGCCGCGGAUGACUUUUUCACGAUGAACAAAGAGCUUAGUGCUAACGUCAACUACAUCGAUAUUUGUGAGGACGCGUUCAUGGCAGAAGGAAUCAAAUCGCCUCUGACUCGCAUCAAUGAGGUGCUGGGGAAGAUGGUUGUCAACAAUUUGGGCUUUGGCAUGGAUUUGGUUCAGGGUAAUUAGACAAGGAGGAAAGUUUUCUGGUUUUCAGAACUGUGAAUAAGGUGGAAGCUUCGCCAUUGCUAGUUUUUAAUGUCGGACGUAGUUAUUGCAGGUGAAUUCCAAUAUUUGAAUGGUGCAUAAACUAUCGAUGAAGAAUAUGCACAAAGGAUUUUACCCCUUUUUUUUUUUUAUAAUGAUUCAGUUAAAAUGUAAUUUCCUGUAAUGAAUUUUUUUUUUUUUU